GAUGACUACACCGCUCUGUGUCGGCGGGUGGGCAUCGGUUUCGCCGACAGUUGGCCAAACGUCGCGUAACGCAACGCACGUACUUCCGACUACCGCGACCCGCAGCUAUUCGUGUACUCGUGCGCACGUGCCGGAAUCGUUUCGAAAAAGAAAAUCGAAAAAACCUAAAUACAAGUCCGCCGUUGUUUUCCCGUACGAUAUCGUUUGACUGCGUGCUAGUGGUGUCCGUUUUUCCGCGUAUCGGUUGACCGACCGACCCAGUGUUCCAGCCAACACCGAAGACCAAAUUUCCGUUUCCAACAGACGUUUCGCCGCUAUUUAAACGAUGGCAACUACUUUGACAGUUGCUGGAAUGUGUUGGGCGACAUUAUCAUUGGCAGCAUCGUUUCUUUGCAGUUUUGGAUUUUACUUACCAUUUUGGAUACAGGGUCGAUUAUUGGACAAGGCCGACGCAUACUUCAGCUCGUUCCGCCGGUGCAACUACCCCAGGCUCAUGUCCGACGGUACGGUGGCGCUGGUCCACGAGUGCGGCCGAUACGCCAAGUUCAGCGACAUCCCGAGCGUGUGGUGGCAAAUCAGUACGGUGCUAAUAGGAGGCGCGACCGCGAUCACGGUCAUCGUGGCCGUGUCCGCCGUAUCCGCAUGCUGCGUGACACACGUCAUCCAAAAGUCGACAGCCAAAAUCGCCGGAUAUCUACAGCUAUUAGCCGCCGCCCUAGUCAGCAGCGGUGGAGCUAUUUAUCCGAUUGGCUGGGAUAACAGAGAAGUAAAGGAGUCCUGCGGGAACAUAUCCGGACCGUACAAACUAGGAACGUGUCAUCUGUCGUGGUCCGUGUACAUGCUCGGCUCGUCGGUGGCCCUGCUCCUGAUGUGCUUCUACCUGAGUUUCUACUCGUCCCGCGACAGUCCGGGCAGUUCAUUUCGUUCCAUCUGAUGAGUGCACGACCAGACCUCCGCAGCAGCAGGGGCAGCAGCUGCAGCUGCAGCUGCAGCAUCGGCUUCCGACGCAGGAUACGCCGCUGGCCAUUAUUUCUGUCACACAUGACGGCAACGACAUCCAUCGCGACGACGACGACGAUGACGACGACGAUACGCAAUUCAAACCAACCAUUAUCGCUCAUUGUAAACUGUAAUAUCGACGAAUUCGUUUCAAUCGAUAUCGAUAAAAACGAAUCGACGCGAAAAAUAAUUACAAUACUAACCAUUCGUGUACAACAGACAUUUUGUAUUUAGCCGCUAACAAUAAUAAUUCGUCAUCGUUUUUCUCAUCGCGUCACCAUGUUUUUAUCUACGAUCAGGUAUAUUGUCUUACGGUAAGUAAUGACAAUUUUUUUUUAUAAUGUACAAAAGGAAAAUUAAAUUAAAACAAGUAAACGCAAUGACAAAUAAUUUGUAAGAUAACAAUUAUAUUUAACCAAAUUAACGUGUAGCCCCCAUUGUUUAAUUACAAUUUGGAAUUGUUUUUGAUUUCCGUUAUGAAAAUAAUUCACCAUUUAUAGCGGAUAAUGAGUAUAAUAUA